UAAAGCUAUACCCAGACCUGAGGGAGAAUUGAGAAAACCAUAACAAUGACUCAUCACAAACAACUUUCAAAAUAGUGUUUGAGAGCAGAUCUAUAUUUUAUUUUUGCUACUUUAACACUCUUUUUUUUUUUUUUUUAAUUUCACUGUCAUAGACCUUUAGAUGUGCAUUUUCAGCUGGCCACUGCUCUCAAGGGAAACUGAGCCAGGAUGAGUUGAGCGCGGACUCACUGGUUCAUGCUGGGAUCUGCAAAGAGAGAGGAAGUGAAGAGGUGGAACAUCUGGACUUCAUUUGUGUGCUCCAGAGUGGGGAAAAGGUCCAGAAAUAGGCUUUCAAAGUAUUUUCCAUAUUAAUUGCCGUUUCUAUGGCUAUUUCGAUGCUGAGGCUCGCGACUCUUUAUGGGUAGGCCAUAUGACGUUUCCAUACACUUUGUCUCUCGCGUGUGGGUGUGCGUUUGUGUGUGUGUGUGUGAGAGAGAGAGAGUGAGUGUGUGACUGCGUAUUGUGUGCGCGCCGCCCUGACGCUGAACAGCCCCGUGGAGCUGUUGUUUCCCAGAGAGCAGAAGGACAAUCAGGCGGACUGUUGGAUUAGAGCGACAAAAGAGAAAGUGCGAUCUCUGUUUUUAGAAGAAAAAAAAAGUAUUUUCUGGUGUUUUUUUUUCUUUCUUUUAAAUCGCUCCUCCGUUCUUGGAGUCGUCGCGCUUUCGGGUGAUCUUUGUACGGUUUCCGCGGCGGCGCACAGACCGGCAGAAUGGAUUUACUACUGGCUAGACAAGACACUAGUCCUCCACCAAAGUUUUGAUUGUCAUCGUCGCCUCUCGACCCCGGAGCUGAGGGGAAGGCAGCUGAGCUUUGACGCGGCAUUUGUGGGGACUGGUGGCCACAUGUGAGGACAUUUGCUGACAAAUACUUUUCGGAGCGUCUUCUCGCUGCUCUCCACUAAAUCUCUCAUGGGGUGACCCACAUAGAACUCCUCAGAUGUGACUGUGGGACAGGCAGUCUCCCUCCCAUCCUGGGCCCUCUUCCUGUCCUUAAAGGCAACGAUUAUUUGCUUAGACACUCCAACUCCACUGUGUGAAUGAAUCUUUGCCGUAAAGCCGCUGUGCUCUGCCACCCUGUCACCAUGAAGAGCAAGUAUUCCCAGUACUACAAUAAGAGUCUGAUCCACUCCUAUUAUGCCUUUGCUAAGAACAUGAGCACUCAGGAGGUGGACAAACGUAUUGAGAAUAAAAAACAGCUCACCACCCUCAACAUUGUCAUCGUGGUCCUCUGCACCAUCAUCAUCCUGGAGAAUCUGCUGGUCCUAAUUGCUGUCUUUCGCAACAAGAAGUUCCACUCUGCGAUGUUUUUCUUCAUCGGCAACUUGGCAUUCUCUGACCUGCUGGCAGGCUCGGCCUACAUAGCCAACAUUUUUCUAUCAGGGUCAAGGACCUUUGAGCUGAUGCCUGUGCAGUGGUUCAUCCGGGAGGGUACAGCGUUUAUUGCUCUGGCAGCUUCAGUCUUCAGCUUGCUGGCGAUAGCUAUAGAACGCUAUAUUGCUAUCACCAAAGUCAAGGUGUAUGGCUCCACCAAAACAUGCCGGAUGUUUCUUUUGAUUGGAGCUUGUUGGGUCACCUCCAUCCUGCUCGGAGGACUUCCCAUUAUCGGCUGGAACUGCAUCAACAACCUCCCUGAAUGCUCAGCAGUUCUGCCACUCUACUCAAAGAAAUACAUCCUCUUUGUUGUCACCAUUUUCAGCCUCAUACUACUCUCUAUUGGCAUCCUCUAUGUGAAGAUCUAUUUGAUUGUACGCUCCAGCCACCAGGAAGCGACCAACUCGCCGGCCUAUGCCCUUUUGAAAACUGUGACUAUAGUGCUGGGUGUCUUCAUCAUGUGCUGGCUGCCCGCUUUUACCAUCCUCCUUCUAGAUUCAUCUUGCAGGAUACAAUUCUGCCCUAUCCUCUCCAAAGCAGACAUAUUUUUUGGCUUUGCCACUCUGAACUCAGCGCUUAACCCAGUGAUCUACACGCUGCGCAGCAAAGACAUGAGAAAAGAGUUUCUGCGUGUGUUGUGCUGCUGGGGGGUGCUGCAAAGUGGGCGGCCGUCUGACCGUUGUCUGGUCCCUCUAAAGAGCUCCAGCUCUCUGGAACACUGCACCAACAAACAUGAACACCAGACCACACCAAUCAUGCAAGAUUGUACCACAUGUGUCUGAUAUGUUGCACACACAUCACAGUGAUUGUCUGUGUGUGUGUGUGUGUGUGUGUGUGUGUGAGUGUGAGUGUGAGUGAGUGAGUGAGCGAAAGAAAGCAUGUGUGUAAAUCAGAUCAUGUAAAGAGGCUGUGAUAAGAUGGAAAGAAGAAACGAGCACACCCUGGACUGACAUGCCUGGCAAGACUGCGACACAGCUAUCUAUAAUGCAAACUUUUUUUUUAUUACAAUCAAAAUUGUGUGAAUUCACAAUCAGCAUUCAAUCGAUUCACCCAUGCAGCAAGGUGUAAAAACAUUUCAAGAUUGAACCAAUUGCGUAGGUGAGAACUUUGAGAAAUGUGAAAAGAGCUUUUUCGUGGGUACUCUAAAUAUUUAAUAUGGAGUUGCAAACAAUUUUCAUGUAUAUGCCUGUCAUCUUGUUUUUCUCAACAUGUAAACCCCUUUUAAAAACCAAAAAAAGAAACAUAACAUGCAUAAUAUCAUAGUUAUGGUGAGUUGUUUUGGGCCUUUAAAGAACUGCAUCAAUGCAAAGCUUGCAAUGCUGCACUUUGUAGAUUACUUCAGAGAUUGUUGUCCUUUGUGAGGUUUAUCUACAUUACUCUCCUUUACUGAUAUAUGUAUACAUUAGGCCUACAUAUUCAUCCACUCAUUCUUUACAGAGCUGGAGGCAGUGACUCCACAGACGCCAAAUUAUCACGAGUGCUCCCUUAACAAAACCAGGGCUAUAUAUUCCCUAUAUAACCUUGCUUAAACCAUUUGAUUAACUACAACAAACUUACAUAAUCUGCAUACAUUUAAUGCAUGAACUUCUAACUUAUUUGUAAGCGCUGAUGUGUAUAAUAUAUUCCAGCUCCAGCUUCCAUCACUAACACCCCUUCCCCCAUUUGUCCUCAUAAUCUGUCCCUCUUGCUUUUACUGUUGUCUUUUGUAUCUUAACAGUUUCCGUUGAGGAAGGCCUAAUCAGAAAGCACAUUUCCUGAAGUGAGUUGGCACUGAUGAAUCUUACUCAAUGACAGCUGUCUAGCAACUUUUACUAAUGGAACAGAGGUCUUGACAGUGUUGUAGCAACGUAGCAGCAAUGUGCGGUCUCUGUUUUUACCUUCCUCUUAGGGAAUUUGGCUGAAUGUAUGUAUGAAGUGUUUGGGGCAGGCGCUCCACUAUUGACAGUAUUAUUGAUCAUUUUGAAUUACCAAGUCAUUGACGAGCAGAGAGUGGGAUGAACAUUUCAGAUCACUCUCACUGUGAAGUCUUAAAUAGCACCAUGAACAAGAAUUUGUUGUGAACAUCCUGGUUUAAUUUGCUAGCCAUAUGCCUUGUGCAACUAAAGAUGUAAGCACGUCUCAUCUUUCCAAAGACCCCUCACCUCCCCUACAAAAUAGGAGAAGAUCCGGUUUCAAACGCACAGGGGGGAUCUGCCCUCCUGGGAGGUCAGCUUCAUCCUUAUUCUCUGACAUCCUACAACAUGCAACUUCCUUCAGCCAUAGGAAGUCCUGUUUUUCAUUGUCCGGUUCCUGUUGUUCAGGGUUAGACUAACCUUCUUCCUGUAGACACAUAUUUAAAACUCUUCUCUCCCUCCGUGUAUUUUAUAUUGACUUUUACAUUUAGACGGCCAAGUACAAAUGGUGAAAAGCACUUUGGCAGCUUCAGUGAUGUUUGCUUUACCCCAGGUUUUUUCAGAUGGAGAGGUGUUUUAAUCUGUCUACCUAACACUUCGUUGUGUUGCCUGACUGUAUGAUUUAAGAAAAAUGAUAAAUACAUGAAUACAUAUGUGUGUUUGUAAGUAUGUAUGUAUGUAUCUUUGUACAGUAUGUAUGAUUUGUGUUGUAUGAAAUGUCUCGUGUGCAAUAGCCUUGUGUGUCCAGUAGCACGCUGCCUGUGUUAAAUCGGUACAAUCUGAAACACUAAUGUAGGUACAUAAACUUUUUGUUAAUUGCAUUCCUUUUUUUAUAAAAUAAAUGAAAUACUGAAAGAA